UCUUUCUGCUGAGCUUGUUUGGAGCUGUGAUUCAGAAAACCAAAGCUUCCUGUCCUCAGUGCCCUGAAAAUGCUUCCUGUGUCAAUAAUACUUACUGCACCUGUGACCCAGGAUAUGCUUCUGGAUCUGGACAGAAACUAUUCACAUUCCCCUUGGAGAUAUGUAAAGAUAUUAAUGAAUGUCAACCACCCUUUAGUGUAUACUGUGGGGUAAAUGCCGCAUGUCAGAAUGUCGAAGGAAGUUUCUACUGUCACUGUGUCCCAGGAUAUAAACCCCAUUCUGGGGUUGCACAGUUCAAGAGUUCCAGCGAGAACACUUGUCAGGAUGCCACCUCCUCAGAGACAACCCAAGGUGGGAAAGAGCUGCAAAGAAUCGUGGACGAUUUUGAGUCGCUUCUCACCAAUCAGACUCUAUUGAGAACAGGAGAGAGACAAGAAAUCUCAUCCAGAGCUACCUCUAUUCUUCAGGAUGUGGAAUCGAGCGUUCUAGAAACUGCCUUGAAAAUGCCAGAACAAAAAAUCCAGAAAAUCCAGAACAGUACCAUGGCUGUUGAAACUCGAGUGAUUACAGACAAUUGCUCUGAAGAAAGACAGACAUUCAACUUGAACGUCCAAAUGAACUCCAUGGACAUCCAUUGCCGUGACGUCAUCCAGGGAGACACACAAGGUCCCAGUGCCGUUGCCUUUAUCUCAUAUUCUUCUCUUGGAAAUAUCAUAAAUGCAACUUUUUUUGAAGAGAUGGAUGAGAAAGAUCGACUAUAUCUGAACUCUCAGGUAGUGAGUGCUGCUAUUGGACCCAAAAGGAACGUGUCCCUCUCCACGCCUGUGAUGCUGACUUUCCAGCACGUGAAGAUAAACCCCAGGAGCAAAAAAGUCUUCUGUGUCUACUGGGAAAGCACAGAGCAGGGCGGCCAGUGGUCCAGGGAUGGCUGCUUCCUGAUAAGCAUGAACAAGAGUCACACCAUGUGCAAUUCCACUCACCUGUCCAGCUUCGCUGUCCUGAUGGCACUCACCAGCCAGGAGGAGGAUCCCGUGCUGACCAUCAUCACCUAUGUGGGGCUGAGCCUCUCUCUGCUGUGCCUCCUCCUGGCAGCCCUCACCUUCCUCCUGUGCAAAGCCAUCCAGAACACCAGCACCUCACUGCAUCUGCAACUCUCACUCUGCCUCUUCCUGGCCCACCUCCUCUUCCUCGUGGGGAUUGAUCAAACUGAACCCAAGGUGCUGUGUGCCAUCAUCGCCGGUGCCUUGCAUUAUCUCUACCUGGCCGCCUUCACCUGGAUGCUGCUGGAGAGCCUGCACCUCUUCCUCACUGCACGGAACCUGACAGUGGUCAACUACUCAAGCAUCAACAGACUCAUGAAGUGGGUCAUGUUCCCAGUUGGCUAUGGCAUUCCCGCUGUGAUUGUGGCCAUUUCUGCAGCCUCCAGGCCUCACCUUUACGGAACCACUGAUCGGUGCUGGCUCCACCUGGACCAGGGAUUCAUCUGGGGUUUCCUUGGCCCAGUCUGUGCCAUUUUCUCUGUGAAUUUAGUAUUUUUUCUCUUGGUGUUUUGGAUUUUGAAAAGAAAACUUUCCUCCCUCAACAGUGAAGUGUCAACCAUCCAGAACACAAGGAUGCUGACUUUCAAAGCAACAGCUCAGCUCUUCAUCCUGGGCUGCACAUGGUGUCUGGGUUUCCUACAGGUGGGUCCAGCUGCCCGGGUCAUGGCCUACCUCUUCACCAUCAUCAACAGCCUGCAGGGCUUCUUCAUCUUCUUGGUCUACUGCCUCCUCAGCCAGCAGGUCCAGAAACAAUAUCGAAAGUGGUUUAGAGAGAUGGUCAAAUCAAGAUCUGAGUCUGAGACACACACACUUUCCAGCAAAGUGGGUCCUGACUCAAAACCCAGUGAGUGGAAAUAUUGAGGUCACUGAAGAAGCAUCUAUUCCUAUUAGAGGACAAGUGAAGAAAAAAUAUUAAAACUAUAACAUUCAACUCAAUAUAGAAAAUCAUACCCAUGGAUCUCUUUGGCAUUAUGAAGAAUGAAGCUUAGGACAAGGGAACUCAUGAAACAUAUCAACCUUGGAGAUGAAAUAAACAACCUUUACUUCCUGCAGUGUUUGUUCUGUGUAAUAGGCUCUCAAUAAAUGUGUGGUAAAUUGCGUCUCCCUUC